CUCCUACCACCACCCGAUUGAGCCCCAACCCCACAUUCUGCGUGGUAACACGCUGCCCUCUCGCUAUACUCCAAACCAACAUGCCUCUCUGAGCGUCAUCUCACCUCCAAAACCAAAGCAAACCAUUCACCCCUCCCAACCAACAGCCAUCAUCCCCACCACCACAGCUCAAGAACCACCACCAUGGACCAAAUACACACCCGGGCGCUUGAAGCCCUACAGCCCUUCGUCCACCUCGCCAACUCCAACAGCGCGACCUCCCCCCGCUUCACCACCAACCUCAUCACCAACGCCACCUCCAGCCCGAACACCUACGUCUUCGCCGAACUCCUCGAGACACCAGCCAUCCAGGCCCUCCGGGCGCCCGACACCCCAGAUGAAUACAAAGGCUACCUGACUCUCCUCGAGAUCUUCGCCUGGGGCACAUGGCAAGACUACCAGGCAACCCCCAACCUGCCCCCGCUCAACGAAACCCAAACGCUCAAGCUCCGCCUCCUCUCCCUGCUCACCCUCUCAACGACCCUCAAACCCCUCACGUACAACUCUCUCAUGAGCGCACUCUCAAUCACCGCCCCCUUGGACCUCGAAUCCCUCGUCACAAAAGCCAUCUACUCCUCACUGAUCACGGCGCGCUUAUCACCCGCAACCAACCCGCCCACCGUCAACGUGACGGCCGUGGCUCCGCUACGGGACGUGAAGCCGCAGUCUCUGGGCCCGAUGGUCUCGAUCCUCACGCAGUGGGAGACGCGGUGCGGUGACGUGAUCGGGGACAUUGAGGCCGAGAUCGCGCGGAUCAGGACGCAGUCGGUCCGACGGAGGGCGGAGGAAUAUGAGCGGAAUGUGUUGUUUGAGAAGGCGCUGGCGGGGUGGGGGGCUGAGUCGGGGGAGGGCGGGAAGAAGACCGCCGGUUGGCAGGGAAGAGACAGGGGGGGUGGUUUGGGUGGUGGGAAUAAGCGCGAGUUUAGUGCGGAUGACUUCGAUGAUGAUGGGUACUGGGAGCAUGGGCUGGAAGGGGAUAUGCAGGGACUUGGGUCGAGGAUGGAUGUUGAUGAUGGCGCUGGGUCGUCGUCGAGACUGGGGGCUGGGGGGCUGGGAGCAAGGCAUCCUAAGCGGGUAUUGGGGAAGAAGUCAUAAGUUAGUUGGAUAGACAAAUAUGGAUUUCUUGAGGGUUGCUCAGAGCAACUGGCAUGGCAUGGCAUGGCAGGGACAGGUUGAGGCGUAUGAAUGAAGGUGAUUGACUAAUCGCACACUUACUAUCUCAAUGAUUAUGGUAUUAGCGGCAGAGCCAGUUCCAAUUCAG